GCUUUGUUAGCUUUGAUGCUAGCUUGAUAGCAGCGUUGCUUCCCUUUGUCAGAGGACUGACUUCCGUUUUUGUGUUUUCUCCAGGUUUCUGGAAAUCGCUGUUUAUUGAGACGCUACGAUUUCUGCCACCUUGUUAAGCAGUAGUAAUUGUGCGUGGUUUUCGAGAGGGAGCUGGUAAAAGAUCCCCAACUUCAGCUUAAAUCGAGUUUGAGUUCAUUUGCUAUCAGCCUUUAAAAACUGUUUACCUUGCUAGCUGGCUCGAAUCAGCCAGCUGAGAAAUCACCUAGCAUGUUUCGGUUCUUGAGUGACGUUGAUGAAGAUCCCUACAUGAUUUUACCUUCACCUAUGGAUCCGUUUGCAGCUCACAGGCAGCAGAUGAGGAGUCUAUUUGGACCAUUUGGCAUGGAGCCUUUCCCUCUUGCGCCUCAGAUGCAGCCACACCGUGCAUCACGCAGACAGGCUGGCCCACUGGCUCCUUUUGGCAUGAUGGGAAUGGGUGGAGGGUUCAUGGAUAUGUUUGGCAUGAUGGGAGAAAUGAUGGGAAACGUGGACAGAAUGUCUGGUUCGCCAAACUGUCAGACGUUUUCCUCCUCAACAGUGAUCUCAUAUUCGUCAACAGACCCAGGGGCUCCUAAAGUUUAUCAGCAGACCAGUGAAACAAGGACAGGCCCAGGGGGGAUCCGUGAGACGCGGCAGUCGGUGAGGGACAGCGAGAGCGGCCUGGAGGGUCUUGCCAUUGGCCACCACAUUGGAGACCGUGCACACAUAAUGGCGCGUUCACGAAAUCGCCGCACUGGAGACUGUGAAGAACGGCAAGACUACAUUAACCUGGAUGAGAGUGAGGGUCCAGCAUUUGACGAGGAGUGGAGAAGAGAAGCAGGAAGAUACGCUCCCCCGAAUGCUCGUGGGCUGGACUACGCCCGGGAUCGGCGAGGAGGCGGCCAGCAGCUCGCUCUUACCGCUCCUCCCAGUUCAACGUCUCCACCAGGUCAUCGGCACGAGUCCCCCAGACACCGUCAGCCCCAGACCCGCCCACGUUACGACUGGUGAGAAGGUGUUCCGUAUAACAAUGCGACCAGAUUGAAGGAGUUGAGGAUUUCCCCGAUGCUGUGAACCACGAUGAGGACGGGAAGUUGAUGCCCGCCAUAAAUGUUUGAUAUGACUGGACUGUCUUUACAUGAACAACAUAUUAUACACACACACACCCACACGCACACACAAUGGUUAGAGUUUAAAUUCUUUACUCUUACACACACAGACACACACUUACAAACGCCCCUGUGUAAACAUGGGUAUAACUACACUCACUUAAUGUAUAAAUAUAUAUAAACACUCAUUCUCUAAACUUGACAUGUGUCUUUGCCCACUGCACUAAAGUGCUACAGUAUACAGUACAUCUGCUGUACAAUCCAUUUUAUGUUUGUGAAGACACUCGUGUGUCGGUGAAUUGAAUUGUAUACUGAUAACUAAUUAAUGUAAUAAAUAAAAAGUUCAUUAAACAUUGUUAGAUAAUUGCGAA